CUUACAAUUAUUCGCAAGGAUAUCAUCUUUCUUUCCGUAGACGCCAAUUUUAUGGCUACAUUCCACGAAUAACAAGAUUGAUUUUGUACGCAUCGAAUCGGAAAGGAGGGGAAGCGCAAGUGGAUGCGCGUUGUUUUAUCCAUGGACGGAGAAGGAUUUGGGUCGGAUGCUCUGCGGAGUGAGGCUUCCAAUUGGGAGGUCUACAGAGAUGCCUUUGCGCCGCCGGCACCUAGUCGUCGUGUCAAGCCGUGGGAACGAGCUCCGGUCCCAGCUCAUGCCCCGCGUCUGCAAGGACAGAAAGUGUGGAAGAAAGUCGGCCUGAAAGCACGUUCUAAAGAAGGUGCUGAGGAGAAUAUCGGCCAUGAGGGUGCACAAGAGGAGUUGGAAAGAGGGGGUAUGGGGGCACGAAAGCGGGCGCGGGUGACGGGUGGGAAUAAGGAGAAUAUCUCGGACGCGCCGUGGAAGACGGGGCUAGUCGACAAGGAGAAUGGGGGGAAUGGAGGGAGACUUGUGUCCCCGAAGAAACAGAAGAUGUCCAUGGGGCCUGGUGAUAUGGACGCGUUGGUGGUUCCGAGGAAGAGGACGAAUGCGAAUCAUCUUAUUACGCCAAGGAAAGCUGGAUGGAAGAUACCUCUUAUUGAGCCUACACACGCUACGGCGGUCGCUCCAAGUCUACCAGAAUCUCUCAUUCAGAGUCCUGCAAAGCUGUCGCCGCAGAAGAUGCUUCUCAAUGCUCACGAAAAAGAUCAGGAUGACAUCACAAGCCUGGCAAAGGCAUCCCCACAGAGGAUCCCUCUCAAUGAUCUGGAUCAGGGCGAGGAUGGAGUUACAGUGCCUGCUGAGAAACCUGUUCGGAGGAGGAAAUCUCUUCGACGAAGUACUCGACGACUUACGCGUGGAACGACUCCUGAACAACCCCCUGCUGCUCCAGCAGAAGAAUUGGCGAACAACAAUGCCUCUGAAUCCGCACAACCAGUUCUGGAACCUCCAAAGAAGGAUUUAGAAGCUCACGGAGAUGUGGCGGUAUUGAACGAAUCGCAUGGUCCAGCUUCUGUUGAAGUCCCUCGCGAACGCUCUGUCCCCAUACGCGUUCAAGAACCAGCUUCCCUGGAGGUUGUGGAGGCCUCGAAUUCUAAAUCACAACCUGAAGCAGACUUCUCUGUUGAAGGUCCACCAAUUGCAGCGGUGGCUGUGGCAGGCGGUUUGGGCGAAGAGCCCCUGACUCAACAGCAGGAAGUGAUUUCAGAACACACUUCUGGCAUAUCCCAAGAAGAAUCUCCCAAAGAUACAAUCGAAUCUGCAACCGUUGUUGAGGACCCAUUCACUGCUGCCGCAAACGAAACACCGAAAUCACAGCCCAUACUGCUCAACUCCAUCGAGGUUGGGACCGAAACUCAGUUCACCUCUCCAACAAAGGGUUCUGGAACCCCAAGACCAAGACGAAAGACCCCGCAACGACAAGGCUCAAGAAGAAGUGCCAGAUCGACUCGAGCAAACUCGGUGCCUCCUGAAGAACAACCAGCCCUUAGUGCCACAGAAAUUCAAAAUUCAAACCCGGCCAGUUCCCCUAUCAAGUCUCGAAUGGCGAAAUCUCCUACCAAGAAAUCUAGAAGAUCUACAGCUCACCCGACACCGAGGGAGAUCAUCUCCGCUGAGGCUGCCAUGAGCGAAGAAAUUGAAGCCGUAACUCCAACUUUCAAGUUCAAUGUCGAGACUCAAAUCCAUACCCAACAAGUUGAACCUACCGAGACCGAGGGUAUUACCAUUAUCCGGCAAUCUAGCUCAAUUUCCCACUCAGAGGAUGUCAAUGUUUUGGGACCCACCAUUGAAAACUCCUUAUCAGGCGCAGACUCUGGAGGUGAAGGUCCAAACCCGGCGAUUGCUGGAACUGUGAAAGAGGAAACCCCUUUUGCAGGUGAUUUGGAUAUCCAAGAAGAUACAGUUGAACUUGAGGUUAUCGCAACCGUGGUUCCAACAGAAGAUGAACAUAUCUCCUCCCGAGUGAAACCCUCGCGACCCGAGGACUCUGCGCAGGCCGUUGAGCCGGCGUCUGACAAAGCGAGAGAAGGAUCUGUUGAAUCCCUCGAAGUCCUCGAGCCCAUCUCAAUAAGCACGGAAAAGCUGCUGGAAGAUUCAAUAGAGGAACCCACCGACGAGCUGCCCGGAUCAUCCACACCAAAUCCUUCAACAACGGAACUCAUCGAGACCAUUUCUGAGAAUACUGCGGCUCAUGCUUUUGAUCAUGACGAUACAGAUAUGCUUCGGAACUUCCUCACUCGUGUCAAAGCAAACAAAGCAGCAAAAGCAAGCACAUCAAUUCCCAAGAGAAAACGAUCAUUGCCUCACUCGCCUAUUCGACUUCCUCUGGAGAGUAUGGACGCCGCCUUGUCUCCCUCUUCGCCAAAGUCCAAGGAUGAAUUCGAUGUCAACUUGCCUGCAGACCUCGCUGCCAAGCGUAAACAGGAAGAUGCAAAUUUGGACGACGAUGAGGGGAGAGAGCCCAGGUCGAUUCGACGAAGUGGUCGGACUAGGUUACCGGUGAAAGCAGCUCCUCUCGCAGCUCCCAGCUUCAUUCCAGUGCGAAGACUCGGACAGGAUGGUGACAAUACAGUCACUCUGAGGAGAAAUGAAGAAAAGGAGCUUGCAGCAUUGACCCGAGUCAAUACCCGCAAGAACAAAGCUGGCGCUCAGCUACCAAUACAAGUAUUGGCGAAGCAAGCGGAAGAAAGGGAAGACCCGGCCUCGCGUCAGCGUGCAUUGAAAGAAGCCUUCGAUGACAAGGCACAGAAGCAGAAGAGCAGGAAGAAGGGAAAAACUGUACUUUGGGCAGAAGAGCUUGCUCAAUUCCAGACCGAGGAAGGGAAGCUGGCAGAGCUUGAAAGAGAACCUAUCAAGGAAAAGGAGAAAGCUGCACCGGUUGAAGAAAAGAAGAACGCUGUGAAGCUUGGAGUCAGGAGUAAGAUGGCUCUCGGUAUGGCUGUCAACGGUACACCCGCACCGAAGAGGAAGAUGAGAGGUCGUGCAUAAUGCAUUGCGCGCAUAUGUGUUUAUCGUCAGAUUACCUGUUUGAGCGACAUGGAGUUUUAGUGUUAUUUUUCAGGCAUUGUGUACAGAGAAUAUGGUUUCAUGGUUACAGAUGCCAAAAUGAAUCACGUGUAGCAUUGUCCGAUCCAGAAGGAGCGACCGUGUGUUGGAUGUUCUGAUUGUGUAACUAUCAAAACCGGGUUGACAUCAACCCGCGCGGCUGAACCAAGAUUCCAACCAAAACGACACAUCAGAUUUUUUUUUCCCUUUCCCGAAUCCCGUGGGGUGCAAAUAC